CAGAAAAGUAGCUAAAUAAAUACUUUAGAUUCAAAAUGGCAUGCUAUGUAACCAAUUCGUCAGGAGUACCGUUAUUUUCAGAUGGUACAUUUACAUGCGCAAAAGGUUUUUACUGCCCCAACUCGAUCAAUGCAAGCACAAGUCCAACUUACUGUCCACCCUCCAUUAAAUGUAGCUUACAUCGUCUUCGUGGCGUGAACUGUGAUAUCACAAUCAUGACAAACCUUCAACUGAAUAUUUAUUUGAUACAAUAUAUAUCUAUUGAAAGUCCACAAGGGUACUUUUGUCCUACGGGAACAACAACUCCUCGAAUCUGCGAUACAAUUUCAUCGUGUUCACCGGGUUCAAUUGCACAAGUCUCUUAUACAGGCAUCGUAUCUGCAGUUGUAAUCGACGUUUUUUUGAUUGUGCUGGUGUACGCAGUGACCAUUUCACAGCUUCGAGUAGCAGGAAGGUCUGCCAUUAACGCUUUGCCAUACUUUAUUCGUCGUAUCUUGAAAAUCAAGGAUGGCACGUAUGGUCAAAUUGACAAAAUGGAGGAACCGUUGAAUUCGGUUUUUCCUUCUUCAGCAGUGAGUACGCUACCCAUCACCCAUAUGGAUGUAUUGACGGGUGCCUUUCACAAAGCACUGGGUGGUCGUGAUAUGCGCAUGAACUUUAAAAUGCAUGAUCUGGGUUUAAAGCUACCUAGCGGAAAGACAGUCCUCGAAGGAGUGAGUGGAUCCAUUCGUGACUCUCGUAUGACAGCUAUUAUGGGUCCAUCAGGUGCUGGAAAAACUACAUUCAUGAGUGUUUUAUGCGGCAAGAUCAAUCGUACUUCGGGAACGCUUCAUGUUAGUGGAGAAAAGACAGAGAUUACGGAAUUUAAAAAGAUUAUUGGAUUUGUCCCGCAGGAAGAUAUUAUGCAUCGUGAACUAACUGUGCGUGAAAAUAUCCUACACGCAGCCCGAGUUCGCCUUCCAAACUCGUGGACUGAAAAGGAAAUUGCCGAGCAUGUGGACAAUAUUCUACAAGCACUCAAUCUAUCUCAUGUGGCGUAUAGUACAAUCGGUGACGAGACAACCCGCGGUAUUUCUGGAGGUCAACGAAAGCGAGUCAAUAUUGCAAUGGAGCUUGCUGCUGCUCCAGUGUGUAUAUUUUUAGACGAGCCGACAUCCGGCCUUGACGCCACAUCUGCAUUACAGACCGCAGUGAUUUUGAAGCGUAUCGCAGAUUUAGGCAUGACAAUCGUUGCUGUGAUCCAUCAGCCUCGUGUUGAAAUUUUCCGUCAGUUUGAUGAUGUAUUGAUGAUUGCACCAGGUGGAAAGACGGCUUAUCUUGGACCCACUGCCAACGCAAAAAACUAUUUUGAAUCGCUUGGCUAUUUGUUUGAUGCUGGAAGCAAUGAGGCAGAUACGCUUAUGGACAUUCUUAGUGGAAAAGGCGAAAACACGAUCAAAAAUUAUACAAGCACGGAGCUUGUACAACUAUGGCUCAAGAAUGCAGACAUGAACGAAACCUCCCCAACAGAUCCAAAGAAAAUUGAAAAGGAUACAGCGUUUCACGAAGGCGCUAUAUCUCUUGUUAAGGAGCGUGGAGCGUCUUUGUGGAAGCAGAUUCUGUAUUGUCACAACCGUAGUCUAAUGCAGCAGUACCAACGCAUCAAUGCAUUUGUGAUGGAAAUAUUGGUCGGCGUAUUUGCAGGAUUACUCAUGCAAGUGGGUUUAGCAUCGUUUGGAACCACUGAACUUUAUCAGGGACUUUUCAUUCAACCUUAUGUUCUUUUAUCCCCUGCACCUCUGGAAUGGCUGAUUUCUCAAUUUGGCUUGCUGAUUGGUAUGGCUGUAGCACUUGCUGCUGCACCAGCUGGUGUAAAUGUAUUUGGAAACGAAAAGGCUGUAUACUGGCGAGAAGCCUCGUCUGGGCAUUCUUCCACCGCGUACUAUAUUGGAAAAACAGUCGCCACAUUUUAUCGCACCUUGAUAUGUAGUCUUCACUUUACAGCAAUUUUUGUAUAUCUUGCAACACCGGAAAUCACAUUUCAAACACAGUAUCUCAUGAUCAUGCUUUUCUUUUUCGGAGUAUAUGGCAUGAGUGCGACAGUAUCUAUGCUCGUUAGUCGAGAAAGUGCUCCGCUUCUUGGUGUUGUAUUCUGUCUAUUCGCAGCCGUAUUUUGUGGAUACGGGCCUUCAAUUCGUCAAGCCACCAAUUGGGGAGUGUAUUUUAUCUGGGCAUUGAGCUUUAACAUGUGGGGCUGCGAAGCACAAUAUUCAGAUACUGUUAAUAUAUAUAAAGGCGUGUAUGAUAUUGAUCUGACAAAUCGAUCUGGGUACACAUUGAACCGAGUCCCGUUUGAUUUUGGCAUGAUGGUACUUAUUGGGCUUGGAUGGCGUCUGAUUGCAUUUAUACUUAUGCUCACCUUGAAUAGAGAAAAGCAGCGUUAGAUGAAUCAUGACAUGUGUAUAUUUUUAAAAAUGGCUUUGGACUGGCUGGUGUUUUAAUAGGAUGUGGAUUUAGACAGCAGGCAUGGCCAAUGAUGCUCUAUAUCCAACCACUUGAAUAAAAUUAAACUUUUGAAU